AUGGCACCCCCAUGUGCUGCCUUCGAGUGGUCCCAGCCGCUGACGCUGUCCGAGAGCAUGACGACGUACCGCGGCUUCUUCCGGCAGCGCUGCGGCGGCGAGGCGGAGACCGUGGAGGUGGCCGUGGCGCGGGACGAGGUCAGCGGCUUCCUGCGCUUGACCUUGGCGCACUGUCGACAGGAGCCGUUCCUCAUCGAGAACAAGUCCAGCGAAAAGUGUCGUUUCGCUCCAAAGAAUGCCACUGGCUGGGUGAUGAACUUGCAGAAGGGGGACGGUGAGUGUCCUUUCUUCUCGCACUUGUGGGGUGGAGAUACCUGGAUGACAAUGACGAUUGGUGCCAGAGGUGAGAGCGACAGUUUCGACUUCGAUCUGUCCAUCCCGGCGACGCACAACUUCCGGGAUUUGAUCAUCGAAGUGGGCAAGGCGAAGCAUCAGCCGCGGAAGGUCCUGGUGAAGGACGCCACCAUCCAGCAGAAACGCCUCUCGCGACGCUCCAUCCGGGAACGAGGCGUGCUGAAUACCCUGAAUCGUAUGUCUGUGGCCUUCCGUCACGACCACUUGGAGAUGGGUGUGGCCAAAGUGUCGAGUUACGCCGGCUUUGCUCCAAAGGUGAAGUCGCAGGUGACGUUUGCUGAGGAGACCCAGGUGCAGCAGCGCCUCUUCUCCGUGACCUCGGAGGAGGCCGAGGCGGCCGAGGCGCAGGAUGCGCAGCACAGUCGUAGACCCUCGAUUGAGUCGGGCAUGCACAAACGCGGGCGCUUCAUCGAGUGGGUUACAAUGACCAGUACUCUGUCGUCGGCAAUGACCGGCCUGAGUCUGAAGCCUGCGCGUCGGCGCUGGUGUUUUAAAGCCAAGCCUCCACCACAGCCGCAGAGGAGGAAAAAGGCUGUACGGAUGAGACCUGCGAGAGCAGAAGUGGCACUGGGAGAAGAUGUGGAGAGGUUGGACUGGGCUUUAGACCUCUACGUGGAAGGUUUGGGCGUGGCCAUGUUGGACAUGCAGCUGGACACCCGCGAGAGCCACGAGUUGGGCUACGCCUCCCUGAAGUCGUUGACGGUGAAGCUGCGGCAGGUGGCAGCCAAGACGGACGUGGAGGGCCGCGCCGGGGCCUUGUGGAGCGAGCUGAAGCUGCGGUCGUUGCACCUGGACGUGGGCACAGGAGAGGCGAAGCACCAUAGCAAGGCAUGUCACUCGGUCCUUCGUCCCUUCACCGGGCCGCUGCAGAUCCUCUCGCAAGACGGCGAGCCGCCGCCGAUUGUGCACAUGGAAGCCAUGUUGAAGUUGGUGACGGAGAACCAAGAGGGUGGAGCUGAUAGUUCCAAGGCCAUCGAUACGAGGGAUGGAUCAGCGCAUUACGAGGUGCGGCGAUUGGAGUUGAAGGUGCAACCCUUGGGGCUCCAUAUCGAGACGGCCUUGGUCUCUGAGGCUCCAAAGAUUGGAGGUUUGAAAGAUCCAACGGUGGUGGUUUGGGUUCUGGAGCUGUCCAGUGUGCUUAAAACCGGCACGCUGCGGCAACAGAAGCCCAUGCAGCAUCUGGCGCAUGCAUUGGAUGCAGAGGACAUGAAUCCUGACGAUGCCUUGGUGGACCUGAGAUAUUGCGAGCCUCGGGUGGUCCAAAAUCCCACCGCAGAGGACUUCAAAGAUCAGACCCCUGUGGUGAUCCGCGAAUUGAUGCUGCGGAAGAUCUGUUGUGUCAUGACUUUGAGCUUCACCGGGACGGGCAGCUCCACUUCCGAGAGGAAGGAAGAACUGCAAGCCUUGGAGAUGCUGCUGAGAUUAACGCUCCCGUUGGACGUGCAUCAGGCUCGGCUGGUGCUGGGGAAGAUGACACGUGGCAUGUCGGUGAAGGACUUCUCAGUGCGUGAACGCUUCCUGUCCAAUGGCAUCGAGGAGUUGACGGAGAUCCUGGCUUCGCAGCUGAAAAACGCUGUGCUGGCGCAGGUGCCCAAACUCUUCGGCAGCCAGCUGUUGAUUGGGAACCCGCGUCGCCUUGGGGAGGAGCUUUUCCGAGCCGCGGAGCUGGGCGCCAUGGGGAUAACACGAAUGCAGCCACAGGUGGUUCUGGCAGCGUUGCUGCUGGGCUUCGCCGCCUUCACGACGUCGCUGCGGGGAAUGUUUCUGAUUGUCUCCAAGGAAGCCUGUCGCAUCUCCACCGGGCACGUGCCGGACCAACUGCUGCGGGAACCAGCCCGGGUGCGGCAAUCCAUUGCGCAGGCGCUGUACUAUGGUCUGCCGUGGCAUUUUUAUCGCUUGUCGUUGCGGCUGCGGAAUCGGUGGAAGGAGUGGAGCCGCCGCUGCGGGGUUUGCGAGGGGCUGAAGCUGAUGGUCCUGGCGAUUUUUUGGAUCAUUUGCACGCCCAUCUCAGCUCUACUGGUCAGUGUGACAAAGAUCAUCCAGGCUGUGGAGCUGCUCUCGCGGCGCUCGGCGCGCUGGGCCAGUCCCACACAUGUCACGGCCAUUGGGCCGCCCACGCCCAUGAGGACUGGCUCGCAACAGUUUGUGGCUGGAUAUCCCAAGCAGCCCGGGAGCUGA